UGCUCACGUGAUGACGUUACCCCAUACAAACAGCAGCAGAUUUUUGAAAAUAUUCCUGUACAAGUCGUCGAUAGGGCAGUGUUCGGCUUAUUUAAUGUUUUUGAAGUCUAUUAGAAAUAUCUUAGUUUAGUGGUUCCUUUCGGUAAAGCAGAAAAUCACUGAAGAAUCAGCUGUUAAAGUUUUCGUGCGAAUCCGCCCGUUUGUUUCCAGGUAAGUUUGUAAUAUGAAUACGCUACCCAAAGCUAGCUGGCUAACCAUUAACCAUUCUGUUUCUACACAAAACGCACUUGAAUGUUAAAAAUUGUUUGAACGCUGUUUCAAACUAUUGCUUUCCUGUUUAUCUUUAUUAUUUGAAUGUUUUCCUGUUUUUUUUUAAUUCUUAUUCUGCUUCCGUACACUUUUUGAACCUUUUCAACUCCUUCAAAUUUUUAACGAUUUCACCAAUUUUAUAUCAAAACGUUCAGCUCGUUAAGCUCUUUCCGGCCAUUACUUUUGGCAUUGAUAUCUUUAAAAUUUUUCGAGCUAUUAAGCUUUUCCUGCGUAAAUGUUCCCAUUGAAUUGAAUGGGAUUGGUCAGUUUUUGCCAAAUUCCUAUCACUUUUUUGUCCUAAAACUCUAUUGGGUUCCCCUUUAAAGGGGCAUUAUGGAAGUUUGACAGCCAAAACAUGUAUAGAAAUAAUAAAUUUCUUCUUCAUACAUUCUCCUACAAUGCCCUGGUCCUGUAGAAUGAGCCCUGGCAUUUUUACUGUGAUUGCCUGUUUUUCUAUAAAAUCACAGAAAAAGAGAGCUGCUCGGGUCGAGCAGGCUGCUUCAUGUGCGUUCACGCUCAGGCAUCGCCCGUAGCAUUUGCUAUCCGUAGCUUUAGCAGCAGAGAGUGAGGUAGUGCCAACUCAGCGACUUUGUCGCUGUUCCUAACGCCUAGUGAUGAUCCUAGCUACAUUUCUGAGGACCCUUAGCUACUUUCUUCUAAAUAUUUCCUGCAAAUUAGCAACAAAAAAAGCCAUUUUCGCUCCAAACCGUUCUCCGAACGUUGUUUCAGCUGUCAUCAAGGAUAUAAAUAUUACAGAUACAAAAGACGCCUUAGCUCAUCUAAUAAGACGAUGGAUUCUCGUGCAAGAGACCUGGGUUCGAUUCUCGAUGUGAAUAGUAUGUUUAGUUUAUUUUUUACACCAAUGGUAUUUUUUUUACAGUAAGAUGCUCAAAUUUUUAUUUGAGACUCGCCGAACGGCAUUGAAUUCACAGAUAAAAAAAGAUGUGGGUCCAACUUUCAUUUUGGAACAAUUUUUCAAGCAAGGGAAGGGAAUGAUCUGAGCAUGCAGGAGGACUGACCCAUCUUAAACCUUUGUCGGCUGUGCUGAAGAGAAAGGUUCAGAACCAAAUUAUUUAAUUAAUUAGCUGCACGUUCUCCUGUCCUCUGUCCUCCGGGCCACACACAUACACACCACACACACACAAGGGACUGUCUCAGCUGUUAUUUUCAUUAAGGAGUGUGCACGUACAGCAUGCGUGCCUCGUGCACGAGCCUACUAUUGAAGCUACCGUUACGCUUUUGGCCUGAGGGGGCAAUCGCGAGCAUAAAAAUUCAAAACUCCGUAAAGUCCCUUUAACUUAGAGAUUUCAUUCAAAAUUUAACAAACUCACAGGACUUUCCUAUUUAACACAUUAAAGAGGCUUUUUGAUAUAUUUAAUUUUAUGACACGUCUCACCUUUAUGUUAAUAUUGUUUAACUCAUGCAGCUCGGCGCGAUCAGACAGAUGCGCCGAGCAGCUGGGAGAACCAGCCGUCAGCCUGGGCGCAGCAAACAGAAGCCGCAAUCAGACAGAGAUGGACCGGGCUGCGGGGAGGGGAUAAGGGUUGAAAAUAUCGGUCUCCCGAGAGCUCCACAAGCCAAUAGUCGGAACGGAACCCAGCUCCACCAACAUGUUAUAUUUCAACCCAUUUUCUAAAGUGCAGCAUUAUGUUAAAUGCACUGGGUUUUACCCUAUUACAUUUAAAUUUCAUGGUUAAACAGUACAUGUUAAAAUCUAAGCUCAGCUCGGCAGUGACCUAAAAUACAUAAAUAUAAUUUUACUUACCGAAAAAAAUGAAGUGGAGACUCCUUGGACGCUCUAUUAGUUCAAUUAAUGCCACAGCAAGUCUUUUUGUCCAACAAUUGCACAAAUAAUAUCCAAAAAAGAAUACACAAACACAGAGACUCAAAAUCCCGGAGCAGUUUCCAAGCCAGACCGAGGCUCUACUGAGGCCUUUCCACUGAGCUAGCUCUGCGGUCACGUGGGUCGGAUGCUCAUUAAUUCUACAGAAUUUUAGGCUUUAAAUACACUUAAACAGAAGAGUGAGAAAAAUUUUGCCCCCCUCAGAGUUGUCAUGAGUGUAAACUAGAUAAUUUAAACCAAAAACAUGUUUUGGUACCAGGCUGUAAACAUGUUUAUUUUUGCUGUGAAAUUGGUAUUUUUAACAUGGGAGUCAAUGAGGAUUUGCUCGCUUCUGACACCUGCCCCCAGCGGAUGAGGGUGGAAUUGCAGUUUAUUUCACUUCCGGGUUUGACUCAAUUUCAGAGCUGCAUUGUGGGGGCCUGGUGUGACCACGUGAAGGGGGUGUGGUUUUGGGUGUCUUUUUUUCCGGAGCAAACAGGACAGAGAGGCAGAAAGUCUGAGGUGAGCAGUUAAGAUGGAUGACUUUAAAUUAAUUAUGGAGGUUGAGAAACACAAGGAGCUGUACGACCCCCAACACCCUUUCUACAAAGACAACAGCAGAAAGGACAAUUGUUGGGAGGCUGUGGCAACAGCUGUAGAAUCUACAAUGGAAGAGUGCAAGAAGAGAUGGAAGCAAUUACUGGACAGUUUUGUAAAACACAAAACUGCCCCGAGUGGAUCUUCAGGUGGAAGUCAGAAAGAUUGGAAAUAUAGCAGUUCCAUGUCGUUUCUGCUCUCGCAUAUGCAACCCAGUUCCAAAAAUACAUUGCCUUCAGUGGAUGACAGUGAAGGACCUGCAGCAGAACUAAGCUGUGACGACACGGCACCAUCUUCGCAAAUUUCCAUGCCUGCGACUCCGACUGGUACUCCCCCACAGAGAUCUGCAUCUCCAUUAACAUAUCAAGUAGAGACAGGGCCUUCAACACAUGCCUUUCCCCCAUCACACCCCAGAGUCCAGGCAUUAUCUAAAGGAACUGCCACUGAAAUCCAAGGAAGAAAACAUUCCAAAAAAAAAGGAACAAGUCCAGGUCUUACUGAACAACAACUGCUUCAUUAUUUAACAAAAGAUGUCAAAACAGUCUCUCCAUGUGUCCCUGAAGAAAAAGAUGAGAUGUAUUAUUACGCCCUCAGCCUUGUUCCAAGGUUUAAUGCAAUGCCCCGCCAAUUUAAAACAUUUGCCAGAAUGCAGAUAGAACAAUGUAUGCAAAAUUUAGAAAGACAAUUGCAGGAGAUAAACCAACCUAUCCCUUCCCCAUCAACAUAUGGUGAACCAACCCAACCCCCGCCAACACUAGCUCAGCAGGCUCAGCAAUUCACCCCAUUGCAAAGUCCUUCACAACAAAGGGGUGUGAAAAGGCCCACUUCGAUGCUGGAGGAACUAGAGGGCCGCUCCUCACCCACACCAUCUACAACACUUGAGUAGUUGAGUUUUUCCAUAACAAUUACUCCAAAGUCCUACAUUUUCUUUGUUUGUGUGUGUUACAGCUUUUUUUUUUAUUAUUCUAUAGUAUUAAAACAUUUAAAAUACUGGAACACCUCUAAAUAUUUAAGUGAUUUUGAAAGCCUUGACCUUUUUCAUUUUUAUUGUUAUCUUUGUUGGGGUUAUUAGGAGCGAACAAUUAGUAAGCUUCAACUUACUUUUGGAUUCUUCAAUAAAUUCUGUAAAUAUGGGAAUAUUUACUGAUUUAUUAAUUAAUUAAGAUAUUCUUAGAUAUACGGGGCACCAUUCCCCUUUUUCCGGGGAAAAAUUGAAUCCAAAACUCUUAUCAGUCUUUCUUGAAGUUCGUAGAAUCCUUGGAGCAGAGACUUCUCUUCGACACAACAAAGCUACUGGAGACGAAAAUCUGAAUUUUAUAACGUUUAAUUAACAAUUUGUCAAAUGAAUAAACAGUGGCAUAAAUGAAUAAUAACCAUGUGAUAUAAUAAAAGGAUGUAUAUUCAAAAUAAUGUUCAAGGUGUUUUGUGUGUAUGUAGGAUGUAUGAAUGGGGUCCUUUGUUCUCACAAAGGAGUAGUGUGUGUGCGUGUGUAUGGAUUCAAAAUGGAGUCUUGAAUACAAGAUGGCUGACUCCUUUGUCUGGCUAAAGUGUGGGUGGCAACUUGCACUUUAACUUCCAAAGCACUUAGAAUCAGUAGUAACUUAACCUUAAAUCACUCAAAACAUUUCAAAGGAUCAUGCAACAACACAAAAGAUUAAUCACGAGUUAAUAUCCUUAGUUUAUCAGCCUGGCCAUGGCCGAACAUUUAAAGAUACCAAACAAUGAUUAAUAAGCAGUUUAUUCUUUCAAAAUGACCCGAAGGACGAAUUUGGAACGAAAGAGGAAAACACGAAGCUACUUUUUUUAAGCAAUAGCGCGGUUUUAUUGCUUAUUCUGGACUAUAGAGGAAACGGGAGAAGAAAAGAAUGAGAGAAAAAUGAGUUUUCUGAUCACCAAAAGAGCGAGGCGUCCCUCCCCCUUUUGAUUUGACGGUUCUCCGUGUUUCUCCGCAGUUUUCAGCGUCAUCCGCCGGUUUGAUGCUUUCUCCGUUGUUUGGCUCCACGAGUGUUUCUCCACGGCUGGACACAAAGAAAACGAAGUUCCUUUUGGGCUGAGUUUGACAACUUACAGCGUUUCUGAGAGCUGGAUGGAGUUGUUGUUUCCCUCCGCUGGUUCUAUGUCCUCAAACAUCAGCUGGAGGGGAGCAGAAACGAGCAGAUCAGCGGUCCCGUGGGCUCAACUUGGCUCUUAGAGCUUCCGCGUGCUCAAAGAAGUCGGAGCGUUCGACAAGCGUGUCCUCACCGCCAGGUAUCCUGGGCAAAAGAACGAGGUUUCUUUGUCUCUGCUGAAGAUUUAUGGUCUUAGUUCGCGGGGAAAGCUCCACGGCUUCCCGCACAUGCGCAGAACGUGUUUCUGGUACUAGGCGGUAACAUCACCCAAUGCUUCCGUGUGCAAAGCAUCAUGGGAAAUGAAGUUUCUUGGCGCUGAUGUGAUUAUUUGCUUUUCAGAGCAAUUUAAGCACAGUCAUUUUAGAGAAAAUCACUGCAUAGUAAUUUCCUCAUGAGGUCAGACCCUCAACAUUCCCCCUUUUGGUUUCGGGGAUCGCGCCCAAAGCUCGAUCGUCGGAAGCACAGAUGGGUUUGUUCCUCAUGAACGUAGGUCGACUUGAUUGUCGGAAGCACAGGUGGGUUUGUCCCUUAUGACGUUGGUCUCCUUGGACGCCUUUGUCUUUGGUCUUUGUCUUUGGUCAGGCACAAAGAGGAUAGGAAACGGGAUAGUCCCCAACGCGCAUAACGAGAAGAAGCCACUCACGCAGGUGGUACGCAAUGAUGAUGUCGUCCAUGCGAGAGGUAGUAGUGUAGAAGGAGGAAGGUCGGUGGGCGGUUAACUCCACGAGUGGACACAAAGGCAUCUCACCGCCGGCCAUACAGUUCAGUUUAUGGAUCACGCGGUGAUGUACGAGGUCCAUAGUUCGCAAACGCGCAUUGACCUAUGUGGUCCCAAGAUUCCCCCCUUUUUUGGUCCAAAGGGUGGAUCAGGACAGUCUUUGGGCUAAAACAAGGACCAUAAAACUAAGAGGUACUACAAUGUGCUGGUGCGUCAGACAGAGUCAUUGACAGACUGAGCUGGGCCGGCACAUAACCACUAGUUAAUAUGUGACCAAGUAAGAAACAAAAAUACAGAAAACCCAAAAAAAAAAAAAAAAAAAAAAAACAU